CAAAGUACAGCGCACUGGGUUGUCUCAGACACAAUGUCUCACAAAGAAUCAACCCGGAAAAACAGUUUCACACAGUAUUUAUAGUAUUUCUCGUCGUUCUGUCUUCCUCCUCCUCUCGUUUUGGCUCCUCCAAUAGCACGCUCUUUCUUUGUCUUCAGCGAGUGGUGUUCAUCACUUGUUUCCCUCCACUUCUGCCAGAUUCUGAAAAACAACAUUUCAUCCCCCACCCUACUUUCUAGAGAACACACUGCAUUCUUUACCUGUUACAAAACUAUGUGUGUGCGUGCAAUUUCACCCUAUUUCACGACCAACUGACCUUUGGCUCAGUUCCUCCUUCCACUCACACACACACACACAGACACAUUCUGUUGCAAGCACAUCAUUAUCAGCACAUAGCUUGGGUAUCAAAUGCAUGUAUUAAAACACUCACAAUAUUAUGACUUCACCUCUUAAUAAGACAAAACUAUCUAAAUGAUUAAAUGUACUUACGUAACUGAUUAAAUGAUUAAAUCCCUCAAUCCCUCUCUUAACCUCUGAAAGAGGUCACAAUGUUUUGCUCAUCCUCACCAACAUCAUCUGUCACAUAUGUGGCUAACAGGGGCAUGCUAUAAGGCGGGGGGUUGUCUUUUUUCUCUAUUGCUUCCACAAUCAGUCGGUUGCACAGGGAUCUGAUACAUGGUAUACAGCAACAUCCACAUGUCACUAGGAUGGCUAGAAACACUGCUAUCGAAACCACUAUGGACAUCACUAAAGCCUUCCAUUUUAUGUGGUAGUCCCCUUAGUGUAAUUAAAUUCCAUGCCCCCAUAUUGCUUCAAACAUGAAUCUAUGGGGAGUGAUCUCUUAUGCCUAGUUACAUUUAAUUCUUGUUGAGACUUUUCUAUUCCAAAAAUUAUUCCCACAAUGUUGACGGUGAUGAUGAGGAGUAAUCCCAUACAUGGCCAAUUUUCCCACAACCUCAUGGUUAAAUUUAGAACAAUAUAAAAAUUUGGAAAAAUCAGAAAAAUCCUAUCUAGAGAUUAUGACAUACACUUAUAAUGCUUAUGUUGCGUUUUCUACUGUGCCUGCGUCUGUAAUUUCACCUUCAGCACCCUCCCUCUCUUGGACCUGAUACUGCAACAGAAAUACACAUUUCUUCAUCCCGUAUCCUGUUACAUUUUACAGAAGAUUACAAAUUAUCACGUGGAUUGAGUGUAAUUCAGAUUAUUCUAAAGAUCUCGAUAUCUAGUUCACAGAGUGAAGGUGUGUCCUAAAACCUGUUCAUACACGUGUACCUCAAACUAGUCAGAAAUUCCGAUCACACGACUAGAUUGCCUAAAACUGCUGUUCGUCCUCUGCUUUUUGGGAUUAAUGUGAACUCUUGAAAUUAACUCAAACGCGUCCACAAUGGCUGAUUCAGAUGAAGACGGCGCCAUGGCCUAUUUCACAUUUCCGGGUUUCUCAGCAGCUGAAAUCCAGACACAGAAGAGAUGUCUCGUUCAUCUAAGCGUUCUAAUAAAACAUUCAUUGAGAAGAAGCUUGGUUCGGCUCUAAGAUUCUUUCGCCGGAACAGAGAUGACUGAGAAGAAGAGGCCCAUCACUGUGUUUGUGACUGUACUGUGGAAAUGGCCAGACACAGAAGACAUGUCUUGGUCAUUUACUCCUUCUAAUAAAACAUUCACUGACAAGAAGGUUGGUACGUCCCUAAGAUUAUCACGGUGGAAGACAGCUUUUCAGCAGCAGCCACCUCCAGUCUGGUUUGCUGAUAACAGUGAUGAAGAGCCAGGCUCAGUCACAUUACCAAGCUCCAGUAAUGAGCCCAAUACACCAGAAUGGGCAGUGUCAGAAGCAGAGCCAGGACCCCGUUGUUUCAUGCCAGAGACUCUCACUGUGAAAGACAUAGCAGGGCCAGACACAGAUGACAUGUCUUGUUUAUCUAGGCGUUCUAAUAAAACAUUCACUGACAAGAAGGUUGGUUGGGCGGAACACUCACGGUGGAAGACAGGGCCAGACACAGAUGACAUGUCUUGUUUAUCUAAGCGUUCUAAUAAAACAUUCUAUGGAUUUGUGGAACAUGGUUUGACUAAAAGAUACUCACGCCAGAAGACAGAGUGGACAGAGGCUGUGGAUCGAUAUAAGAUGUCAAUCAAGCAGAAAUAUAUUCAGGAUGAGGAUCAACUCCUGGCAAAACUGUAUACUGAACCUGUCAUCAUUCAGCAAAUGAUAAAUGGUGGUUUUAAGAAUGUUCAUGUGGAUGAGUUGUUUGAACCAAAUUCACCAUUUCAUGAGUCUAUCGUCAUUCUUCAAGGCAAUUCUGGUAGUGGCAAAUCCUAUACAGCACAGAAGAUCUUGUUAGACUGGGCAUCUGGAGAACGUUACCAUGACUUUGAUUUAGUUUUCUAUCUAAGAUGUGAAGAGCUGGUGUGUGUUAAUGAGGAGAUGAGCUUGUUUGAGCUCCUGAGCUGGAGUUGUAGUUUAACAUCAGAUCAGAUCUCAGUGAUCCUUGAGUAUUCAUCAAACAAAGUGCUUUUCCUCGUUGAUGGAUUUGAUGAGUUUAGAUUCCAGUGUAAUGACUUUUACAGGUUUCAUCCAUCUGCGAAAGUCUUACCUGAGGUCCUUGUUUCUGCCCUGCUGAGGGGACAUAUCCUGCCCAGAUCUACCCUGAUGAUCACUACUAGAACUAAAGUUCCACAGGAAACAUUGUUGAAAACAUCACAGCGUUUCACAAAGAUAACGGGCUUUUCAGAGAAAAAGAUUGAGGAGUAUUUCCAGAAGUUCUUUCAGGAUGAGGAUCUCUUCUGGAAAGCCUAUAAUUCUGUGAAGGCAAAUGAAACUCUGUUCACUGCCUUUUCCAGUCCUCUUAUCUGCUGGAUCGUCUGCACAGUUAUCAGAGAAAGAUUCAAUGAUGGUUCAGAUGUAACAAGUGGUCUGGAAACAACCACAUCAAAAUAUUUUGACUUUGUGUCCACUUUAUUGGAGAAUCAAGGUCACGGUUUGAGUGAGUCUGUCCUGACCCUGCUGAAGAGUCUGGGUCAGCUGGCAGAGAGAGGGCUGAUGGAACAACAAGUUCUGUUUGAUGAGAGAACCAUAAAUGAAACAGUUCAAGAUCCUGUUCACAAUCCAUUCCUGAACAAAUUCCUUUUAGAAAAAAGAAUCCAGCAGGAAACAAUGUACAGAUUCAUGCAUCUCAGUUUUCAGGAGUUCUUCACAGCUCUGUAUUAUGUCUUACUUGAUGAAGAUGAGUCGCAGAAGAAAGUCAGAGAGCUGCUUCAUGCAGUAGAGAGAGGAUGGGCUUUGUCCUGUUGGUCUGAUGCAAACUUUACAGUUGCAGAUAUAACAAUAAGAAGAUCAAAACAUCUGCAGUCUGUGAUUCUGUUCCUCUGGGGUUUCUGUAAGAACAAAUCCAUCAACUCAUUCUUUGAAAAGCACAAUGUGACUGUUCCUGUCAACAUAGAAACCCAGCUGAAGGAAUGGAUCCAUCAGUGUUCGCAGAGAUAUCAACAUGAAAACAUGCUCUUCAUUCUUCAUUGUCUCCAUGAGCUUCAUGACAAGAGCUUCACUGGGAAAGUUUUGGAAGGUUUGAUUCUGAUAGAUCUGUCCAACAUUUCACUAAACUGGACAGACUGCAGUGUGCUGAGGUUUUGUUUACAGUGCUGUCAACACAUAAAAAACCUGAGACUCAAGAUAACAUCUGAAAAUCUGAAGAUUCUUCAGCCUGCACUGUGUAGUUGUGAAGAGCUGUGCUUUAUGACAGAUCACCUUUCAGUUCAUUUUGGGGAUUUAAUCUCAUCUCUUGGAGAAGGAAGGAUACUAAAGCAACUGAUUAUACGGGUGAGUAAAAAGUGGAGAAAAAACUACUUGGAGCAACUAAUAAUUGCAGCAUCCAAAGAUGGAGAUCUCUGGUUGUGUGUUAGUGGCUCCAAAUGUACGAGUCAAUCACCACUGUUGCUCUCAGAGGUAACUUUCUGCUGUUCAUACUCAGAGAUUUCCACUUUCGGGUGGAAGAUCAUUCUGCAGAGACUCAAGACAUUUCCAAGCAAUAUGUCCAAAGGGACUCUGUUAGAAGUCAUACAAUCUGUGCCUGGUUUGAAGAAAGUCCAUCUGCAGGUGGACAGCUUGAAUGAUAAAUUGAAAUCUACAAUCCUUUCCAUCAUCCGGACCUCUCCCUGUCUCAACGAACUCAGGAUAAAUGCCACCAUUUCAUUUAUUCCAUUGAUGCUAACACAGUCCCUGAAGAAAUCACUGAGAAGCAAUGGUUGGACCCUGACAGUGAGGAGGAGUUCAAUUUUGAUUGAACGUGACCGAACAAGUUUGAUAGAGGGGAAGGUGAAGACUGUUACUGUGAACAAGGACGGGAGUUUGAAUUCUGUGUCAGGUGUGUCAAUGGAAGCUGAAUUAUAUUCCACGGGUCAACCGUCUUUAGAUGCAGAAGUAUUUACACCUGAAUAUGUUGACAGAGACGAUGAGACCAUAAGAAUGAACAAACACAGGUUUCUUUCUCCGUAUGCUGGUUCGUUUCGAUGCAGUUUGACCAAUCUUGUGUUUGUGAUGGAGGGUAAAGGAGAGAUGCUCUAUAAAAUUGUGUCCUGGGAUCCACGACUCUUAGAUGGAGUGGUUCAGAUGCAGCCUGCUGGACCCUUGUACAAUAUUGACUGUUUUGAAGGUUCAAUCUCACAACUGUACCUUCCACACUGUGAAAUUCUCUCUGAAACUAAAGAUAGUUUGGCGGUUGCACGUUUCACUGAUGGUAAUGUAGAAAUACUGCAGCCACUCAAAGUGACGGAAACUCAUGUGAUUGUUGACAUCACAAAGCUCUCUAUGUUUGGGCUCUUAAAGAUCAUAUUCCCUGACUCUCCUGUCAGUGCACAAGUGUUGCUUUUUCUUCGACCAAUAACUGUUGCAAAGAAGCAGAAAAUAUUGAACGUACACUUGCUUCCAUGGAAUGUGCCCCUGCCAGAGGUUCAAAGCCGACAUCAGGAGAAAUCAUACAUCGAGACAAGCUCAAUCUGUCAUCUGAUUCCUGGAAGAAAUUACAGACUGUGUUGUCACCCAGAGAAAUGUGAAGUGCAGCCUCCGGAUGAGGUGUUUGAGUGUAAUUUUGGCCCAAACUUUUACCCUACAUAUCAAGUGUUUCUGGAUGUGAGCAUUGAGGAGGUCAGACUUGGUCUUCUGGAUACAACUUAUAAAGAGAAAGAAGUGUGGAAGCAACGACGAGUUCCUCUCUCAGUUUUCUUAACAACAACAGGUCAAGAAGUAGAACCUACUGCUGACAAAAGAUUAACAGGAUCUGCAUUUUUGCACAAGCACGGACCUCAGUUGAUUCAGAAAGUCAAAUCAGUGAUGGAGAUAGCUGACUGUCUGAGAAGUAGAGACAUGAUUACAAGUGAAAAGUACGACAAGGUGCAUACUGCUGAACCACCUCAGGAGAAGAUGAGAAUCUUGUUAACUGUUCUUGAGUCAGAAACUGUAAAAGAAGAAUUCUACAGACUACUAGAAGAAAAAAUACCCCUUGUAGUAGAUGAAUUGAAAUCUUUAGAGCUGAUGUAGAUGCUCAAGAAAACAUCAAAGAACAACUUAAUUUGUUUCUGUGCUCUGCUACCAGCGAGAUGCAAACUGGCAGAAUUGCCCAAACUGUCUCAUGGCACAUUCGUGACAUAGUCACGAAAAUUUAAAAUCCAUUCAUUCGUGUUCAUGGCACAAAUUCACAAAAUGUUUUCGUGCACUCAGCACGAUUAUACGUGUGUAUACAUUUAUAUGUUUAUAACCUGAUACCAGAGCAAGUUGUACAUAUUUCACAAGAUGGCUAUAAACUACCCCUUACCCCACUUAAACCCUAAAAUCACAGGUGCAAAGGCUAAUUUUAUAAAACAAACGCAUUUUACGAGAUGUUUCAGUCAAGGUGGCUUACACAAACUUCCUUGAGACUGGGUUGGAAUUGCAUACUUCCCAAAGUACAGGGUGUGGGAAUGCUAUCAAAAGUAAUUUUGGUAAUACUGAUGUUCACCUGUUGCAUUUUAGAAAUAUAUUUUGUAUUCAAAUCAAUGUGGUGUGGAAAAUCCUCAUCAGUCCUAUGCUAUGGCAGAGUAAAUACAUAGACACUUAGGGCAGUUUCGGUUUUAUGCGAUCACUUGUUUUAUGCAAAUUGAAAAUAAACUUGACUGCAAAUGUCAGCUAAUAACAUGAAUACCCUUAAAAAGGUGCUUUGUGAGGCUUUAGAAGAACAGUGUAUACAAGAACCUCUUAUUUAAUAUAUUAUCAGUGAAACUGAAAAAGUUUGUGUUUGUUUUAAGUUGUUAAGUUUAGGAUGUAUAAUGACUUUCGACUGCAGAUAAGAAAAUUGCUUUUGAUCAUUAGUAACCUUGUUUUAUUUUUGUUUUGCUUGUUUUUAGCCAAUUUUGAAUAGAAGGUUACGGCCUGUUCUUCGUGUCCUGCUCAACAAAUUAAUUUGUCAGGAUAAAAUUAAUUCUUACUGCUGUUUUCGAUUACUUUUUUGUCAAAGAUUUUAAUUAAGUUAUUUUUGUUCAUUUUAAUAGUCAAAAUGCACUUCUCGAGCUCUAUAAUUGAAAUUCUUACUACGAAACGCAUUAGAGUGCUCUGUAAUUAUAAAAAUGAAUAUAUGUCAAUGGAAAUGUAAGUCUCUUUGCAAUUAUUAUAAGAAAGAAUUAAAUUAGACAGCUCUCAAAAUUGAAUCCUAUUAGUAAAAAUACAUAAAAGAUGAGCAAAGCUGGGAAUAUUGAAAGCAAAUCUUUUUUUGCAUUACAUUUCUUUUUCAUAAAAUGAAUCCCCUUUUUUACAUUUUAAUAUGAUUUUUUAUUUAAAACUCUGUAUUUUUAUGGCAU